GGACCCGGCGCCUGCGGAACCGAUCACACGGAGUUACCGACCGGACGGUCCCGCGAACGAAAGUUGGAAAUAAUACCUCAACUUACUUCUUGACAUAGUGUCAAAACAGAGCUUUUGCUGAGAGUUUGAUUUGUAAAGAAAUUAUGGUUCGACUGACCUUGGAUCUAAUUGCCAAAAACAGCAACCUUAAACCCCGGAAAGAAGAAACCAUUUCACAGUGCCUGAAGAAAAUAACUCAUAUAAAUUUUUCAGACAAAAAUAUAGAUGCAAUUGAAGACCUCUCUCUUUGCAAAAAUCUUAGUGUUUUAUAUUUAUAUGACAACUGUAUUAGUCAAAUCACUAACCUGAAUUAUGCCACAAAUCUGACCCACUUAUACCUACAAAACAAUUGUAUUUCAUGUAUAGAGAAUCUCAGGUCAUUAAAGAAACUGGAAAAACUGUAUCUGGGAGGCAAUUACAUUGCUGUCAUAGAAGGUUUAGAAGGAUUAGGAGAACUAAGAGAGCUUCAUGUUGAGAGUCAGAGGCUUCCCCUUGGGGAAAAGCUUCUGUUUGAUCCAAGAACUCUUCAUUCUCUGGCAAAAUCCCUCUCUAUAUUGAAUAUCAGCAAUAAUAAUAUUGAUGACAUUAAAGACUUAGAAAUACUGGAGAAUCUUAAUCAGCUCAUAGCUGUUGACAACCAACUUCUGCAUGUGAAGGAUUUGGAGUUUUUACUGAACAAGUUGAUGAAGCUGUGGAAAAUUGAUCUAAAUGGAAAUCCUGUUUGUCUCAAACCAAAAUACAGGGACAGGCUGAUAUUGGUGUCCAAAUCACUGGAAUUUCUUGAUGGAAAAGAAAUUAAAAAUAUAGAAAGACAAUUCCUAAUGAAUUGGAAAGCAUCCAAAGAUGCCAAGAAAAUCAGCAAAAAAAGGAGCAGUAAAAAUGAGGAUGCAAGCAACUCGUUCAUAAGAAUCUCUCUUUGAAGCAAUCUGGAAGCUUGCUUACAAAAAAUGAUGUGCAUGAACGUCACCUUCUCCAUAACCCCAAAGAAAAAGAAAAUUUGUUUGUGGAAAAUGAGUAAAUUCAGCCUCACGUGACAGGAAACGUUUGAUUUUGUUUUUAGCCUUAUAGGACUAGGCAACAAUAUUUUUUGUGGGUUUGUAGCUUUAUGGUAUCUCACUAUAUAAGAAAAACUUUUAA